AUGUCCCAAGUCAAGCAAGUGGGUCUGUUGGCUGCUGGGUGUCAACCUUGGAACAAAGAUGUCUGUGCAGCCAGCGGAGACAGAUUUGCUUACUGUGCCACUCUGGCCAUCUACAUUUAUCAGCUGGAUCAUCAGUACAAUGAAUUCAAAUUGCAUGCAAUUAUGUCUGAACAUAAAAAGACAAUCACUGCAAUUUCUUGGUGUCCCCACAACCCUGACAUCUUUGUGAGUGGCAGUGCAGACCACAUAGUGAUCAUUUGGAAUGUGGCUGAACAAAAAGUUGUUGCAAAACUUGACAAUAUAAAAGGAAUUCCUGCUUCUGUUAGCUGGUGCUGGAAUGCUGGAGAUACUGUGGCAUUUGUUUCUCACAGAGGUCCACUGAAUAUUUGGACUAUUUCAGGACCAGAUAUGGGUGUGACUGUACACAAAGAAGCCCAUGGCUUCUUGUCUGAUAUUUGUCUCUUUAGAUGGCAUCCCCAAAAAAGAGGAAAAGUUAUAUUUGGACAUUCUGAUGGAAGCCUUUCAAUUUUUCAGCCAGGUUCUAAGAAUCAGAAACAUGUUCUGAGACCUGAAUCUCUUGAAGGGACCGAUGAAGAGGAUCCUGUUACAGAUCUGGAAUGGGACCCAUUGUCUACUGACUAUCUCCUUGUGGCAAAUUUGCUUAAUGGCAUUCGCCUUGUAGAUUCUGAAUCACUUUCUUGUAUCACAACAUUUAAUUUUCCCACUGCAGCAGUAUCAGUCCAGUGCUUAGCCUGGGUUCCUACUGCCCCUGGGAUGUUUAUAACAGGAGAUUACCAAGUUGGGGUACUGAGAGUUUGGAAUGUUUCAAGGUCAACACCUAUUGAGAACUUUAAAUUGAAGGAAACAGGAUUUCAUGUUUUACAUGUACUUAAUUCUCCCCCAAAGAAAAAAUUUUCAGCUCAUUCUCCAACCAAAAAUCAUUAUACAUCCUCAACUAGUGAAGCUGUUCCUCCCCCAACUUUGACACAGAAUCAAGCAUUUUCUCUUCCUCCGGGCCAUGCAGUCUGCUGUUUUAUGGAUGGUGGAGUUGGAAUUUAUGAUAUGGGAGCCAAGAAAUGGGAUUUUCUUAGGGAUUUGGGACAUGUUGAAACUAUCUUUGACUGCAAAUUUAAACCCGAUAAUCCUAAUCUUUUAGCAACAGCUUCAUUUGAUGGAACUAUAAAAGUCUGGGAUGUAAAUACACUGACAGCAGUCUACACCUCUCCUGGGAAUGAAGGGGUUAUUUAUUCUGUUUCUUGGGCUCCAGGUAAUUUAAAUUGUAUUGCUGGAGCAACUUCCCGAAAUGGUGGUUUUAUUUGGGAUUUUGAAAGAGGCAAAAUAAUAACCCGAUUCAAUGAGCAUGGAAAAAAUGGAAUAUUCUGCAUUGCCUGGAGUCAUAAAGAUUCCAGAAGAAUAGCCACAUGCAGUGCUGAUGGAUUCUGCAUUAUUCGAACAAUUGAUGGAAACAUUCUCCACAAAUACAAACAUCCUGCUGCAGUUUUUGGUUGUGAUUGGAGCCAAAAUAACAAAGACAUGAUAGCUACUGGCUGUGAAGACAAAAAUGUCCGUGUUUAUUACUUAGCCACCAGCUCUGAUCAACCACUGAAAGUGUUUACUGGACAUACUGCAAAGGUGUUUCAUGUAAGAUGGUCUCCCCUGAGAGAAGGAAUACUUUGUAGUGGUUCUGAUGAUGGUACUGUUCGUAUAUGGGAUUAUACACAAGAUACUUGUAUAAAUACACUUACUGGACAUACUGCACCUGUGAGGGGAUUAAUGUGGAACACUGAAAUCCCUUAUCUGCUAAUAUCAGGCAGUUGGGAUAGUACUAUUAGGGUGUGGGAUACUCGAGAAGGAAUCUGUUUGGAUACGGUAUACGACCAUGGUGCAGAUGUAUAUGGGUUAACGUGCCAUCCAAGUCGUCCCUUUACUAUGGCAUCUUGCUCCCGGGAUUCCACAGUGAGACUCUGGUCAUUAACAGCUUUAAUCACUCCUCUACAAAUAAAUAUCCUAGCAGAUAGAUCUUGGGAACAAAUCAUUGGGAACACUGAUCGUGCUAUGGAAUCAGGUGCACCACCUCUCUUGUGUGGGAAAGUAUCAAGAGAUAUUAAACAAGAAGUAGAAAAACUAACAAGUAAUCUUCGAGGGAAAAAACUCAGAUGGUUUUCAGAAUGCUUAUCACCACCAGGAGGCAGCAAAAAUUUAUGGGACCUAGUUGCAGUAAUACAAGGACAAGAUGAUAGCUUACUUCCCCAGGACUACUCCAAAGGAAUUAUGCAUAUGAAACAUCUGGUUAGAUUUAAAACUUCCAAAGCUCAAGAACUAACAAAGGUCAAGAUGUCCAAGUUUGGAGGUGGUAUUGGUAUACCUAGUAAGGAUGAACGCCUAAAGGAAGCUGCUGAGAUUCACUUGAGAUUAGGGCACAUUCAAAGAUAUUGUGAGCUUAUGGUUGAACUUGGAGAGUGGGACAAAGCAUUAUCAGUUGCACCAGGGGUCUCAAUGAAAUAUUGGAAGAAGUUAAUGCAGAGGAGAGCAGAGCAAUUAAUCCUGGAAGUAAAUGAUGAUGUCAUCCCAUAUUGCAUAGCUACUGGGGAUGUGAAAAAGCUACUUAAUUUUUUUACUUCAAGAGGUCAACUUAAAGAAGCCCUACUUAUUGCACAGGCUGCUUGUGAGGGAAAUAUACAGAUUCCACAAGUAUCUAUACAUAAUGAAUCUUCAUAUUCUGAUGCAAAUAACAUGGAUGAUUACAAUGAUCUCUUACAGAGAGUCAGUAAAGAACUAGCAGAAUGGUAUUUCCAAGAUGGCCGAGCAGUGCUGGCAGCAUGUUGUUAUCUGGCUAUAGAUAAUAUUGAGCUUGCUAUGGCAUACCUGAUUCGUGGAAAUGAACUUGAAUUGGCUGUCAGUGUGGGCACCGUCUUAGGAGAGAAGGCGGCACCAGCAACCCAUUACGCCUUACAAUUACUAGCAAGAAAGUGUAUGACAAUUACAACAUGCUUUCCAUUUCUUGGAUACAGGGAUUUGGCAACAGACCUUCUCUUGAGGAUACCUAAUAAUGAGCUACACUUAGUAAAAAUUUGUGCUUUCUACUCAGGAUGUACUGAAGAGAUAAAUGACCUACAUGAGAAGUGUAAUCUACCCACAAUAGAAGAAUGUACAGGAUUAGCAGAGACUGCCCUUGCAGAUGGAAAUAUAUUUGAAACUAUAAAGUAUUACUUGUUAAGUAAAGAACCUGAAAAAGCCCUUCCUAUUGGUAUUCAGUUCAUCAAACAACAAAUGAGCCAUUCAGACUGGACUGUGGAUACAGUGUAUCCAGUUCUUGACCUUCUGAGUUAUGUCCGCACUGAAAGACUAAUGCUACAUAAAUGUAGUGAACUCCGAAAUGAGUUGCUGAUAUUAUGUGGUUACGUUGGUGCUUUGCUAGCAAUCAGAAGACAAUAUCAGAGUAUCGUUCCAGCCCUUUAUGAGUACACAAGCCAACUUUUAAAACGGAGGGAUGUGUUAGUGCCUUUGAGAAUUGAACAACUUUCUGAAGAACUGGAUGCCUGGAGAGCUUGCCUACAUUCAGCCAACAAAUCAACAGAAGAACCUCCACAUACCCCUCCUUCUGACUCCCAAAGAAUGAUUUAUGCAAGUUUGCUAAAGAAAAUGAAGGAAGAACCACUCAUAGGUAUCACUGGACCAGACUCUGUCACUGGAUCAAAUCUUCCAAGUCAUUCAGAUAUCCAUAUCUCUUGUUUGACAGGAUUAAAGAUUCAGGGUCCUGUCUUUUUCCUUGAAGAUGGAAAAUCAGCAGUUUCACUGAAUGAUGCUUUGAUGUGGGCAAAGGUGAAUCCAUUCUCCCCCUUAGGGACAGGAAUACGACUUAAUCCAUUCUGAAAGAAUUACUUUUCUCCUUACUAAAUUGCAUAAGGGGUAGGGAGGGAAGAGUUCCUGCAGGUUAAUAUUACCAUAACCUCAAAUGCUGAAGUACAGAAAAAUAACAGUUGAUUUUUAUCCUGAAUGGCAAAUGUAUUUGAAUUGUGGAAUUUACACACAUAAGGAAAGGAAAAUGAAAAAUUGAUGAAAAUGAAAUAUUCAAGUUAUUUAAAGGAAAAUUAUCACAUUAUUUAACUGAUAGCCAAGUUGGAAAGAAAAGUUAAUAUUCUUUUUAUAAGACAGUCAAAAUAUUUAAAUUAUGAAAGACUAUAUGCAAAGAAUGAAAAUCCUUUGCACGCUAAGAACAAUACCAAAAUGCCAAGUAGUUAAAACACUGACAUUUAUGUUUCAAAUACAUAAAAAGGCUAAAUAAGCAUUAAGUUCUGCCAUCCUACAGUGGGUUUUAAAUUACCUGACUACUUACAUUUUUUGGUUUGUAAAAUGUGUAAUUGUCCCUUUUUAUCUUUGGCUCAUAUUUAAUAAAAUAUUUCUCUUAGAAAUUAGAUAAGUGUAAAUAAAUGUGUUCAUAGUUCAAUCAAUACAAUUUUCAAGAUCACAUUAAAAGUUCACCUAUCUAAUCACAUACACUCAAAUGUAUUUUGAUAUUGACAAAACACACUGAUCAAAAUUAUAAAAUUCAAGUAGGUAUCUGAGAAUUUAUAGAAUCUGUGAAUCAACUACUCACUUUUCACCUAGAUACUUGAAAUUACAUAGAUACAGCAUAAUUUUAUUUUGAUUAACAUUAAAAUGUAUAUAAUGAACCUAUCCCUAGUGUGAUCUUAACUAACAAUUUUGAGAUACUACAAAGUGUAUUCAUGAAAACAAUGUGGAAGAAAUUGUUAUAAGGAAACCACAUAUUUAUUUAAAACAAUUGGAAUACGCUAUGUAAAUUUAACUCUUUGUUCUUUUGAAUACAAGGACAAUAUUUUAAUUAGAUCGGGUUUCUCCUGGUAUUUAGCUAUAGAUAAGGUUUUUAAGUUAAACACACAUAGGACAGAUAUUCUGGUUUUGAUUCUCAGCCAAUUAUUUGGGAAUAAUAACACAGAAUGUUCUAAUUAAGAGGAUGGGAGCAUAAGACUGUACUUAGAAUAUUUUUUACCUCUUUUAAACUGCUUCCAAAGUCCCUUUAUGCCUUUUUUGAGUAGCCUGCCGGCAUUGAGAACAAACACUUAAAUAUUCUUAUUGACUAUUUUUACUGCCUCAAAAAGGGGGUUUCAAUUUUUUUUUCCUGUUCCCAUUGAUGUGUAUGAAUAUACACAAAUAAAAUUUUCACUCUACUAAAGUUUAAAGCUUUCUUCAACUAUUAUUUACCAAGUGGAGAAAAGCUUGAUAACUAUGUAAAUAUUAAAAAUCCUAUGCCUUGGAAAAUAAAGCAAGUUUCUACUGUCAUUCUUAUUUUUUUAAGCCAAUGACAGUUUAUCCUCAGUUACUGCUUAAACAUUAAACCUUUCAAAUAUUGUGUUAUUUGGAUUAAAUUAUAAACAUUAAAUAUUACUCUUUAGUAAAAAUGCAAAUUAUGGAUAAAUUAAACAACAUUUUGGACAAAGGAAACAAUCAUAAACAGUAUUUGUUGGGGAAAAAAUUAAACCUGAAAGGAUCAAUUCAACCUCCAUUGUUAUUUUUAAAAUAUUUUGUGAUAUUCUAAACAUAAAUGGUAAAUUAAUAUAAUGUACUAUGACCAUUAAUUUUUCUGAGAAUUGUAAAUAUGCUACUUAACUGAAUCAAUUUGGGGACAUUAACAUAUAGGAGACAUUAGUAUAGAAGGCAAUACAGAUUUAAUUUCUCUUUAAAAUCAAUUCAUUAAAUAUUAUUUUUAUUAUUCAGUUUUGAAUAUUAGAAAACCAAAUAAUUAAAAGGAUACUUUAUUUAUUAGCAUUGUUACAUAACAAUGUGAACAUGAUGGUGUUGGCUAGCUUUAAAAGGUUUCUAUGUAAAUAAUUCUAUUGUACCAUGUAUAAAAAAAUGAAAUUAUAUUGCUGUAACUGAUGCUGUGUUAAUUUUGGCAUUUGCAGUUAUACUAUUUUUUUUAAUGUAACCUUUUGUCAUUCACAAUUAAUGGAAUAUAGUUUCUCCAACAACUCUGACAUCGUCCUUUUUUUCCCCACUCAGUCACCACUGUCAUUCAGAUAAUCAUCUCUUGCCUAGACUACUAUCAUACUCUCCUAAUUGUUUUCCCUGCUUCCAAUCUCUCCCCUCUUCAAUGCAUACUCAUCAAAAUAGCAAGAUAGAGACUCCUCAGUCCCAUUUUAUCUUUCUUUGCUUAAAUGCCUUCAAAGGCUCUCUGCUGCUUAUGGUAUAAUAUGCAAACUUCUUAGUCUGGCAUUUAGGAUCCCUUCACAAUCUGAUUAUUUCUCUCUUCCUUUCCAGACAUAUUUCAUACUACUUUCCCUUGAAAACUCUGAAUAGCUACUACUAAUAAUAGUUAGGAUUUAUGAGUUAUUUCAAAGUUUACAAAUAUUUCAAAUAUUGAGGCAGGUGUGAAUAUCCCCAUUUUUACAGAUGAGAAAACUGAGGUAAACCUAAGUUAAAUGACUUGGGUCUUCCUCACUCUUAGUCUAGUUAUCUAUCCACUGUUCCUCCUGGCUGUUACUAGGCAAGAUCAAAGAGCCAAACUGAACUCCCACCUGUUCUCCAAACACAAGAUGCAGCCUCCA